UGUACCCCGCCGCGGGGUCAUUUUGCAGCAAAGGGAUUUGAAUUUGAAUUUCUUUUAGGAGAAAUAUCGGGAACCUAGUAGAUAAUUGCAGACGGUUGUCAUUGACGCAUCUUCGUUUGACUUCUCAUCUUUUACAUCUCACUUUUCCCCAUCUUUUUGACCGCUAAUAGUAAACUCCAACUUCUCAUACCGCGUUUCUCGCGUUAGACUUCUAUUGUCUCUGUACAAAACAUCUCCUCAAUUCUCACCCCCUUCUUUGCAUCACCUUCAUAUCUAUGCCCAUGUCCGACUAAUCUAGAUACACACUACACUAUUUACAAAGUUACUGCGUGCCUAACGCACUUACCAUCCGUCAAGGUGUCUUCUGUCCUUGGUACCCGAACGUUGGUUGCUUCAACUUGGAUCAGAUCGAGCCUGGUCCGAUUUUCACCGGGGUUCUAUUGGUUUACUGUUGUGCCACCACACACACCUUUCUAUCAACAUAAGCAGUGGUAUGUAAGAAGAGUCCCUGUCACGUCCUUGUCAGACUUCAUCAUCCGAGACUUGCAUUCCCCGGAUAGAGCACAAUACAUUACCUCUUCUCACGGGUAAUACCCGUUGUCCAUUACCCCUCGAUCAUCCCAGUCUCGUGCCUCCAAGUAGCCUCGUCAAUGUAAGCGUCACAAUACACAAGUCCUCCAGGUCACUAUGAUCGGUCAGGCUUCAGCUCAGGCAUUUAUCUUUGCCACCGUUGCAGUCAUUAUCGCCAUACUCGCUAUGGCUUAUCAAGGUAAAGUUGAAGACAUCGGCUACUUCCAGGCCGUCUUAUCUAAGCCGUUUUCGAUCAAGAUGGGUUCACAAGGCCCAAGUGUGCGGUUCCGUAAGGUUCAACGAUUCGACACAGAUUAUUCCCACACAACAAUCACCCAAUAUGAAUCCGAAAGAAGCGGAAUGCAGGUCAUUGUGGCAGAUCGAGAAGGCCCAAAAGUCAAUGGUUACUUCACUUUAGCUACUGAAAUUUUUGACGACUCGGGAGCACCCCAUACCCUCGAACACUUGGUCUUCAUGGGUUCAAAGAGUUACCAAUAUAAAGGGUUAUUGGACAAGUUAGCCUCUAGAGCCUACGGAACCACCAACGCUUGGACGGCCACCGAUCAGACAGCAUACACUCUUGAAACUGCUGGAUGGGAAGGUUUCGCCCAGAUUCUGCCCGUCUAUCUUGAGCAUCUCAUAGUUCCCACUUUAACAGAUGCCGCGUGUUUGACUGAAGUCCAUCAUAUCAAUGGCGAAGGAAACGAUGCCGGCGUCGUCUACUCGGAAAUGCAAGGUGUACAGUACACGAGUGGGGAGCUCAUGGACCUUCAAGCUCGGCGCCUUCUCUACCCAGAGAAUGUUGGUUUCCGAUACGAAACAGGCGGUAUGAUGGAGGCUCUGCGAGUUCUAACCCCGGAGAGAAUACGAGGUUUCCACAGGGAUAUGUAUCAACCACGGAACAUGUGUGUUAUUAUCAUUGGCGAAGUCGACCACGACAACCUCCUCACUAUAAUGGAUCAAUUUGAGGAAAGUGUCAAAAAUGACAUCCCCCCUCUAAACGCCCCGUUCAAACGACCCUGGAUAGAAUCUGCCCAACCACCCCCCCUUAACAAAACGAUCGUUGAGACGGUUGAGUUUCCAGAGGAAGACGAGUCUACCGGUGAAUUGGUUGUUGCUUUCUUCGGACCUAGCUGCACCGAUGUUAUUCAGUCAGCUGCUUUGAAUAUCCUCUUAACUUACCUAAGUGGAUCGUCCGUCGCAGUAUUGGAGAACGUUAUAGUUGAGAAAGAAGCACUUGCUAGCUCUAUUUCAUAUUUGGUGGAUACUCGACCGAAUAGUGUGAUAUGGCUUCAACCGACCGGCGUUGCUACGGAAAAGCUAGAAUUUGUCGAACAACGCCUUAUCUCCUUGCUAAAGGAAGUUGCCUCUAAGCCACUCGACAUGGCAUAUAUGAACGAGUGUAUCCAGAGGGAACGACGGCAGGUAAAGGCUCAGGCAGAAGAAUCGGAGCAAUUCUACGCAUUAAAUAUCGUGACAGAUUACCUUUUCGGCAACCGAGAUGGCUCGACCCUUAAGGACCUCGCGGGCCUUAGUGAAUACGACCAGCUAGAAAAAUGGACCGAUGAGCAAUGGCGGUCUUUUCUCAGGACAUGGAUCUCUGAUGCUCAUCACGUCUCAAUUCUCGGAAAACCAUCUCUCAAGUUAGCUACAAAACUAAAAGAAGACGAAAUGACUAGGAUAUCGAAGAGGAAACAAGAGCUGGGGACCGAAGGAUUAGCAAAGUUGGCUAAGAAACUUGAGGAUGCCAAAAAACAGAACGAAGUUGAGAUCCCAGCUUCGCUGCUUGAGAAAUGGCAAGUACCUCCUGUUGAAUCGAUUCACUUCAUUGAGUCACAAACUGCCCGUUCUGGUUCGGCUCGGAAACUUGGCGUCCACGAAAGCCCCGCUCAAAAGAUCAUCGACAAGACCUCGUCUCCUUCGCCCCUUUUUAUGCAAUUCGAAGAUGUUAGGACCAACUUCGUACAUAUCUCAGUCCAUAUCGGUACCUCUAAAGUUCCUGUCGAGCUUAAACCCCUGCUAUCGAUCUUCAGUGAUAAUUUCUUUAACACGCCUAUUAAAUGCGGAAAUGAAACUUUAUCGUUCGAGCAGGUGGUCAUGGAGCUGGAGAAGGAUACAGUGAGUUAUAGCCUAGAUUCGGGCAGCAAGUUUGGCGACUCGGAAAGCAUCCUCAUCCGGUUCCAAGUCGAACCAGAAAAGUAUGCUACGACUGUUGAAUGGAUCCGUAGGAUGAUGUUCGACAGCAUUUUUGACAUUACUCGCUUGAGGGCCGGCAUUGCCAAGCUCUUGGCGGAUGUACCAGAGGCAAAGCGCGACGGCAGAGUUAUGACUAGUGAGGUCGAAAUGGCUAUUCAUAAUGACCCUUCCUCUUUCAUGGUGGCAAAGCGUACCCUUGUCAAGGCUGUUUAUCUUAAACGGCUCAAGAAGCUCCUCGAGAAGGACCCCGACGCAGUAUUGUCACGCUUUGAGGAACUUCGGAAGUCCCUCUUUACCUCUGAUAAUCUUCGCAUCCUGGUUACAGCUGAUAUCUCGAACUCGAAGCUUCCCGAGCCUGUUAAAACUUGGGAUAUACUCUCCAAAUCACUCAGCAAGAGUGCCGAGCCCAUCAUCCCCAUCGUGAAGCCUUAUACUCUUCUAAAUGACGAAGGUCGCAAUCCUGGCUCUGUUGGUGCGACAAUCAUUCCCAUGAAGGCAAUUGAUAGCUCUUAUGCUAUCAAUUCGGGCAAAGGUUUGACUUCGUUCUCCGACCCAGCAGUGCCUGCUCUCCUAGUUGCUAUGCAAUAUCUAGAGACUGUGGAGGGGACAUUGUGGAACGCCGUUCGUGGAAACGGCUUAGCAUACGGUGCCUACUUUGCAAAGGAAUUAGACGGAGGAUACUUGCAUUUUAAAGUGUACAGGUCCCCCUUAGCAUCAAAGGCAAUAGUGGCGGCACGGGAUGCCAUCACGGCGCUAGCCAAUGGUAGUAUCGCUUUUGAAAAGCCCAUGAUCGAGGGUGCAAUCAGCCAGCUGGUGAUGGCCUUAGCAGAUCAGCAGUCUACUAUGGCCACUGCAGCUAUGCAGAACUACAUUAAUGGUGUGGUAAGAGGGCUUGAGCCUGAUUAUAACACUAAGAUGCUUGCGGAGGUUAGAACCGUGACUGUCGAAGACAUCAAGCAUGCCAUGAAGACAUUCCUCCUGCCCUUAUUCGAGCCCGGAAAAAGUAAUGUUGUCGUUUGCAGAACAUCUAGCAACUGGAGAAAGAGUUUCAAGACAUGGGGUACAAAACAGAAGUAAAGCAACUAUCUGACUUUGCUGGCGAUUAUGGCCUAGAGGCUCUGGAGGGCGAAGAAAAUGGCGACGGCGAUGAAGAAGAAGAUGAGGAUGAUGAGGGCUCGGAAGGUUCCGAAGACUCCUAUGGUUCAGAAGAAGACGACGACUAGACUUAUUCCACUGUGCAAUGACGUGGGUGGGGUGCUCAACGGACCCGCACUAUUCGGUCUUGACCCUAUACAGGAUAUGGCGUAAGUUUAGAAUGAGACACGAUUUUUAUCAAUUUACUGAAAGGCAUCAGACCUUAGAA